AUGAAUGAAGUUCUCCAAAUAAUUGAUAUAUCUGAAAUAUCCUCUAAUGCUAAUAACAUUGAAAUAAGUGAAACAUUACAAGUAAAUGAUAUGUUUGAAAUAUCAUUUCCUAGUAUUAGAAAUAUUGAAAUAAGUGAAGUUUCACAUAUUGAAGAAACUUUUAAUAAUAACAAACAAAAUAAUAUAAUUGAAUCUAAACAUU